ACAAGUUGUCAAUUAUUAUUUUGCUUUCAAAUAAAAAUUGAUUUCCUCAAUUCCUUGUCUUAUGUCUUAAACAACUUUAUUGUUGUUUUAAUGUUAUUUUUGUUUGUUGUUAUUUAAAUAUAUUCAUGUUCACCAGUCAAGCACAACUGAGAAAGAGAACACCUGAAAAUGGAACAGACCGCGAAAAUUAUUUAUCGCUAUUAGUUGAUGAGUUCAUCAACACUAAUUCUUUUGAGGCCAAAUGUCAGGUGUUGGCGAAUUUGGCCAAUUUCGCGUAUGAUCCAAUAAACUAUGUCUACAUACGAGAGGUUGGAGUAUUAGAUAUAUUUAUUUUUGUAUUGAAGAAUGAAAAAAACGACAAACUUCUACAUUUUGCAGCAUCCGGAAUCUGUAAUUUAUGUAUAGAUCCAGAAAACGUUGAGUACCUUUUGAACCAUGCAGCAGUAAAGCCAAUACAAGCAUUACUCAAAUCAAAUCACUUUGAAACAUUAGCUGAUGCUGUAGCAAUUUGUAUAUAUUUAUUUAAUAGUCAUGCAAAAGCAACCAUAAACAGUCCUGAAUUUAUUCAAGAUAUGCAAAUCUUAAAAAAUUCAGAAAAUAAAGUGGUUGCAAAUUUAGCUACUGUAUUCUUAGACGAUGUAAGUAAGAAUAAUUGAUAUGAUCUAAUUAAUCUGGUAAUUAAUAUUUGAAAAGAUAAAACAGUCAAUAAACUAAAAUGAAUAAGAUGUUAUCAAAUAGGUUUCCUUAUAUUGCUGUCAAUAGUAAAAAUUAUCAAAAGAUAUGCAAAAUUCACACA